UUGUAUAGAAGGUCUCCACGUCCAUUUUAAGGGUAACCUAACAGGAUGACGCUUUAUCAGGUAGAACAUUCGAUCAGAUCCAAAGUUUGAUGAACUUUUACAUGUCAUAUGUACGAAAACAGCUGGUCGCUUGCACCUUCGUGAUCGCACUAUACAGUUUUACUCCGUGAUAAUGACCUGACUUAUUUUCUGUACUUGGCUGCUGCCAAUUUCCGCCAUACAGGGUGAUACGUCCUGAUCGAACGUUUAUAUCAUUUUGUUUAUAACUGAGAGGUGUUGUAAAACCGAUGGCAUUGUUUGGAUCACUGUUUCGUUUGCCAAGACGCAGAAUGGCUGGAAAACGCAUGUUUAUUGGAGUCUUGUGCACAGUGUGCUUGGUCCUUGGGGUGUAUAUCAAGUUCUUUAAUCACGAAUCAUCGGAUAAUCUUCUCUCGGCUAAUCGACAAUCUGUUCAAGGUGAUGACGUCAUCGUUGUAGCUGCUAAUAAACCAAACUUUCAUCGGAUAGGAACAAAUAAUAAGAUAAACGAAUUAAAUAAAGACUUUCACGAAUUUGUUCCAAAGGAAAGAGCAGACAAUUUUGCAGCGGAAGAAAUCUAUAAAGAUGACACUCCUCAAGGAGAUGAUGAUGAAAAAGUGGUAUUAGAAAAAGCAGAGCAUGAGGGCAACGAAGAAGAUGGCGACGUACAUGAAGAGAAUAAAAAGGAUGAAGUGAACGGAGGCAAUGAAGAGGAAGGGAAUGAAGAGAAGCUAGAUGAAUGGGCAGACGAUCACCAAGAAGAAAAUCCAAACGACAUCAGGAAAGAUGAAACGAAUGACUAUCGUGACGCCGAAGAACAACCGCUUGAUGUCGAUAGACCAGUUGAGCGUCUUGAAGGGGGAGAAGACGGGGAGGAAGGAGAAGAGCUUCGCAAUGCAGGUGGAGAUGGGGGUGAACAGAAAGAGGAGGAAGAAGAGGGAGGUGAUGAGGAGGAAGAAGAAAAAGAGGAAGAAAGAGAGAACAAGGAGGAUGAGGAGAAUGAAGAGGCGGAAAAGAAGAAAGGGGAUAAUACGGAAAAUGAGGAAGAAAAGGAAGAUGCUGUGGAGGAUGAUAAGAAACAGACUGGACGUGGUCCGCACGGCAUUAAACUAUUUGAUUGGAAUAACUGGGUGAAGGAGAACCAAUUUGUGGAGCUUGGAAACGUCUGGGGAUAUUGUGAUGAUGCAGAUCCUCCUGUGAUUGGUAAACUGAUUCUCCUGGAAGAUGAAGAAUUGGGAGGCGUCAAAACUAUUUUUCUUUUCAAUACAACGCUAGAUAUAGACGUAUUAAUUGGAAAGGUUGAGAUUAGCAUUGAUUAUAAUGAUAUGCAUUUCUAUGAGAAAACAUUUAAUCUGGAGGACUUAGAAGAACAAGGCGAUUUCUUCAAGGCACCAAUAUUAAAAGGUGAUCACUAUUUUGUACGUGAAAAACAUAUAUCAAGAUUUGUUCCAAAAGGCCAUUACUACGGGGAAGCGAGAAUGACUGAUCAAAAUGAAAGAGUGAUUAUAUGUUCAACAAUGAAUCUACAUAUGAAAUGACGAAUGUUCGGUCAUCUAAACUUGUUUCGAAUGACGAGAGAUGCGAAAAAAGGACGUCGAGCGUCCAUUUUACGGCGAUACCGAUUACGACGUCGAUGAUGAUGUCGAUGGCGAUAAUGUCGUGCAAUAUUAAGCUUCAAUGGAUGCAUUUGCAUUUCUCCGUAUACCAGACGUCAAUAUGGAUGUCAGACCAGUGUUGAGGGGGGGGGGGUAUAGGCGGCCCACUGGAGAAAAAAAUAAUUGGAAACAUGGCAUUACCAUGCUCCAUCUGAUGAAGUCAGAUGGGGAGAGGGGGGGGGUGA